AAUGCAUUUUAGGUUUUAGAUUUAGGCAGAAAAUGAGAAAAUAGAGAAAGUGUCUGUUUGGUUUACGCGAGUUGAGAACGUAGGCCUAUAAGUGUUGACGUAAUUUGUUUUUUAGCUGUAGAAGGACGAACACCUCUCCAUAGUUUCUGUAAUAAUAAUUAAACAGUGUUUGAUUUGAGAUUAACAUUCAGAACAUUGUUUCCAGUAACAAUUCAAAGUGGAAUUAUGAACAGACUCAUUAUUUCACGAUUUUUUGAGAGACGAUUGCAAAGUGUCAAACGUUUAAACGUCAUUUUACGUAAUCAGUGCUAAUGGAAUUAAAGUAAACAUCACAAAAUGGCUUCGGGAAAUAGUUCCAUGGACGGUAGUAUCAACAAUGACACCAUGUCCCGCUCGUACGGAGGAGGGUCGGGUGAGCGAGGACGGGACAGAGAUUACGACACUAUGAAACAACAAUGUGAGAAAACUACCAGUGAACUGCAACUGCUCAGGAGACAGCACAGUGAGACAGUGCGCAGAUGUGAACACACCAUGAAGGACCUGGAGUACUACAGAGGACAACACCACGCAGCAAUGACACAGUUGGAGGCUGCGGCUGCGGAGACAUCCACUCUGCGCAACAAGUACGCAGACCUGGCUACAGACAAGCAGCGGCUGGAGAGAGAACUGUCGGAUAUGAGGGCUCACCACCAGGAUGGCAACUUGGCGGAGGCUGGAAACACUGACACCAUCAACCAACACUUUAUGACGAUGAGAAGCAAGUACGAGGCAGUCAAGGAGGAGUACGACUCGCUGCGGAAACGCUACGACGACCUCAUAACAUCUCACUCAUCUACUGUGGACAAACUAGAGCUGGCUCAGGAGGAGAUGGGUAGGAUGAAGAAGAAGUGUGAGGAGAUGAUACAAGAGCGCAACGUAGCCAUCAGAGAACGUAACGGACUGAAGCAGCAGUGUACAGCAGCUAUACGACAGUGGGACAUCGCUUUGAGGGAACGCAACGAGUACCAGGAAGCCCUUACCAAGGUUAACUUGACUGUGCAGCAGCAGCACGAGGAGGCGGUGAAGGAGAUCAACCAGGCGAUGGCUGUGCGGAUGAAAGCCAACAAGGAUCUGAAGCGGUUGACAGAGGAGCGCAACGCAGCGAUGCAGGAGUAUUCGCUAGUGAUGAGUGAGAGAGACAGUGUACACAAGGAGAUGGAGAAACUGACUGAAGACCUGACGCAGGCGUACAAGAAAUGCAAGGCACUGGAGAUGCAGACUAAGGAGAUGAUGGAUGAGAAAACCGCACUGACAUACCACAUGGAGACGCUGAAGAGAGAGAUCCAGUCCGCACUGCAUGACAGAGACAAGGCGUUAAAGGAGUGUUACGAUCUUCAAGAGAGGUUCGGAGAGUUCACAGCCAAGGAGGAGUCGCAGAGAGAAGGCUACAAGUCCAGGUUCGAGUACGCCUACAACAGGGAGAGGGAUGUUGGUGUGAAAGACCCUCAUGAGCUGCAGCCAACCACGAUGGAUCUGUUGGGUAAAUGUCACAAGGAGAGGAUGGACAAUCUGGACCAGGCCAACCAGGAGUUGGACAAGCUGCGCAAACAUGCUGAUAAACUACAGGCUGAGUUGCAAGAGGCUCUCCAAGAAGCAGAGGUUAGUAAGCGGAGGCGAGACUGGGCAUUCAGCGAGCGGGACAAGAUUGUGCUGGAGCGGGAGAGUAUCCGCUCACUGUGUGAUCGACUGCGACGUGAGCGUGACAGAGCAGUGUCGGACUUGGCUGAGGCGUUGCGGGACAGCGACGACAUCAAGAAACAGCGCAAUGAAACCACCAAAGAACUCAACGUGCUUAAAGAGAAGAUGGAGGCGCAGUUAGAGAAGGAGAGUCGCAUGUUACAGCUGCAUGCGACCAGUCACAACUACAGCCACGACUCAGCUAUAGACACGGACCUGCAGGAGUGGGACACUGAAGUGCUCGACAUUGACUUGGGAGAUCUAGCCUCAGACGAGGACCUAGGUCUAGACCUGAUCGGAGGCAGGGAUGAUCCUCAGUAUCCUAAUGACAGUGGUAUCUAUGUGUCGAGAGUGGCCAAGGGGAGCAUUCUUGACGGAAAGCUCAGACCAAACGACUGCAUAAUCCGAGUGAACAACCUUGACUGCAGCAGUGUCAGCAAGCGGGUGGUGUUGGAGACCGUGAGGUCUAGUGGAGGCACUGCCAUCAUAGUGGUGAGACGACGUAGAGUGGGCGGACGGACUCUCUACACCACUCAGUUGCAGCUGAACAACUAUGAGCAUGGCCUGACACUGGAGACUGGCAUCUACAUAUCUAAGAUCAGCCCAGGGUCUUUGGCUGCCAAGGAGGGUAACUUGGCUGUCGGUGACAGAGUGCUCAGUAUCAACAACAAGACGAUGGAUGGUCUGAAGAGUGCCAGAGAUGCGAUGGCUAUUCUCCACGAGCCCAGUGAUGUGCUGAUGAUCACAACACUCAAGUGGGGGAGUGGCAGUGGAUCGAUGGACUACAAGAAAACUCUGCACGCCUCCACACAGACGGAGAGUCUGCUGCGAGACAACAUGAACCCAGUCCAAGUGAGAUAUUCGCCCAAGCACGACGCUCCGCCAGUGUUCAAGUGGAGCAGACGAGCCAACAACAAGUGUACUGUCAACCGCAACUCAUCACCUGUCACCUUCGAACAAGAACAAGUCGAUGCCAUCGCAGAACUGGACAGUGUCAUAGAGAGCUACCAUCCGCGAAUACAUCGGAGGGAGAAGAAGAACAUAGAGAAGAAUGGUGGCACUUGGCCGAAAGCUAGAGUCGGCCCAGUGAUAGAACAUGCAACGGGAACGAUUGUUCAUCCCCGCAAGAACAAAGAACGGCUCCCGUUGUCCGUCCUGCUCAACAACAGCCCAUCGUACACUCUGCCGCCGUGCUGUAACGAGCAGUCUCGUCGCAGCGUCAUGACGCCGUCCGACGCCAGCAUCGAUCUGUCGGUCAAGUCCGGAAACAUUGGUAAGGAGCUGUUGGAAUACUACGUGAAGAAGCGGCCUAAGUAUCCGACGACGGAGGCGGAAAGUAGCGCGGAGCACAGCCGCAUCCACUCUCAGCUGUACGGGUCUCCUCACUACCCGUUCACUCCCUUCCUACACUCACAUCCUCCACACUCUCAUACUACGCCUCCCCUACGCUACCCACUCCCUUCCUCCCAGAGUGGUGACUCCGUCAACUCUAGAUCAUUCAGCUUUGAGCCGUCCUUCACUCAGUUCCACCACACACACUCGCCCUCAGUAGACUCCCAUUAUCACAAGAACGCUCGGUCCAUCCCCUCCGCCCACUCCCACCCCGGCUACGAACACGAGAACUACACCUACGAGGGUGGCACCUUUCCUCGCAAGAAAGAAAACCAGCGAUUUAGAAUACCCUCCAAUCCAAGUGUCACCAGUAAGAGUAGCGGAGGCAAAGUGUCCACAGGUAGCAUAGAGAAAGCAUCAGACCGCGGCAGUCCGAUGCCCACCUUCCAUGUAGAAGUGCUGAGCCCCGGUCUGCGUCAGAAUAAAAGGAACUCCUUGCCAGACUACACCUGGUCCCAUCACAAACCGUCGCCAGGUGAACUGCGCCGUGUUCACAUUGACAAGUCAGUAGAGCCUCUGGGCAUCCAGAUCUCCUGUCUGGAGAAGAGUGGAGGAGUGUUUGUGUCUACAGUGAGUGAGCACAGUCUGGCCUCUCAAGUGGGAUUGCAGGUUGGAGACCAGCUGUUAGAAGUGUGUGGUAUCAACAUGCGUAGUGCUACUUACCAACUAGCUGCCAGUGUGUUGCGUCAGUGUGGCAACUCUAUCACAAUGCUUGUCCAGUACGCUCCCGACAAGUACCAAGAGCUGGAGGGAGCGACCAGUUCCAGUAGUGGAGGUCACACAAGGUCAGGGUCACCUACACCUCGUAACUCUCCUCGGACUACACGCAAGUCUGCUACAGCACAACUGACUCAACAUCAGCUGACACAAGCCAUCACUACCAUACAACGCCAGCACCACACUGCUGAAAGAGGUGAUGAUGGUGUCAAGUCCCCGGUGUACGACCCUCGCUAUCUCAUGAUAGAGACACACAAGUGCAGCAACCUGGGCAUCAGCCUGGUGGGAGGCAAUGCGGUGGGGAUAUUUGUACACAGUGUGCAAGUCAACUCUCUUGCCUACAACUCUGGCCUCAGGACCGGUGACCAGAUUCUGGAGUACAAUGGGACAGAUCUCCGCCAAGCCACGGCAGAAGAAGCUGCCUACGAACUGGCCAAACCAGCUGACAAAGUCACUGUUCUAGCUCAGUACAACAUUGAUCGUUACAAUGACAUAAAGGACAAGCCGGGGGACAGCUUCUACAUCAGAGCGUUGUUUGACCGACUUGACGAGGUGACGGACAGUUUACAGUUGAGGUUCCGCAAGGAUGACGUGUUGUAUGUGGACAACACAAUGUUCAACGGAGUGCCUGGACACUGGCGCGCUUGGCUGGUGGACGAGGACGGUAACAGACAACAGUGCGGCAUCAUACCCAGCAAGUACAAGGUUGAAGAAGAGCUCUUACGGAGGCGAAGUUUAGGUGAUCUUGAAGGGGAUGCCAGGAGAGCGACCAGAAGGAGCUUUUUUCGUCGCAAGAAACACCAGCGAAGUGACUCAAAAGAGCUUGCCAGCUUCUCAAACAUCAACCUAGGCUGGUACAGUGACUCUGGCACACUCAAUGAGGACACUGCGCUGUCGUCCUACCAGAGGGUGACCAGGCUCAAUGCAGAGCCAGUGUACAGGCCAGUGCUGAUUGUGGGCCCACUCAGUGACUGUGUGACAGAGAAACUGAUCCAGGAUUUCCCCGAUGUGUUCACCCGGCUGAUACCAGAAGUGAUGCAUUGUAGUCAAGCCACCAUGGAGAAGGGGAUAUCAGACAACUUGUUUGUUGACUACAGAAAGAAGGGCAGCUUCUUUGAGUGCACCUCGGUAUCUGCUAUCAAAGACAUCAUGUGUGACAAGCGUUGCCACUGUGUGAUAGAUAUCGCUCUGUCGUCUGUCGAGAGAUUACACAGACACCAGGUGUAUCCGAUUGUGCUGCUUAUCAAGUUCAAGUCCACCAAGCAGAUAAAGGAGGUGAAGGACACACGCUACCCUCCAGAUAAGGUGACGGCCAAGGCUGCCAAAGAGAUGUAUGAACACGCCUUGAAGCUAGAGUCCGAGUACAAGCACCACAUCUCAGCUGUGAUACCAGCAGGAGUGAAUGUCGCGUACAUGUGUACACAGAUCAAGGCAGCUGUGGAUAUGGAGCAGAACAAGACACUAUGGGUGCCCUGUCCCGACCGCUCUACCAUUUGACCUAGCGCCUCCUCCCUGACCAUAUAGUCCACCACUAGUUGUUACUUUGAUUUAGCUUAGGAAGGGUGCAGUUAACCACUAUUGUUAUUUGUUGUAGCCGAAUUGUACAUAUCACAUCUUUGAUUGAGGGAAGUGUUGGUUUGUAUAUUUUGCACGUUAAUUGGACGUUUGUGAGACAUGGUUUUAAAUUUUAACAGCUGCUACCAAUGGUUGUGUUAUGUAAAUUGUUGAAAUUUUGUGAGGGGAAAUAGUACUGUAGUUUUUUUGUAAUUUUAAUGUCUAUCACUCAAAUAUGUUUGAAUAAAUGUAAAUAAAGUUUGUAUAGAAACAUUCAGUCCCUGACUUAGGCCUUAAAUUGUUUCCCAGGAAGGGUUUAUGAGCUAGAUUUUCUACCACGUUUAUACUAAGUGUGUACGGGUUACGUCUUUAUGUCACUGGUUUCCUGGCUUUGGAUGUUGUAUACUUUUUUAGACAAAUCUAAUUUUUAUAAGUCUGAAUUACCUUGAAAAUUGAUUUUUUAAUUUUUAUUUUAAAGAAAAACUUUAUUUUAAAUACUUUUGUAACCUAAAAAAAGUGAUAGAGAUGUUGUGAUGAUACUGUUUUAAAUGUAAGACUUUUUAGGCAGCUUAAUACAUAUUUGUGGUACACUGAAGCAUUCGUCUAGUUAUGUGCUUUAAGAAUUUCAACUUAAUGUUGGCCCUUGUUUUUUAUUGAUACCAGCUGUACAUAAUAAUGUAAAUAAUAUUAGUGUUACAAUUUUGUAUGUUUGAUAAUAGGGCAAUACAAUAAAAUAUCCAAUCUUUAGGGAUGAUAUUAAGAAUAAGCUUGAUAUAAAUAAUAUUUUGUAUUUUUGUGGUAUUAAAUUUGUGAGUUAAGUUUGCACUUUAGUUGGUGUCUAUACCUUACUUAGCACACAUACUUUAACCCACAUAGUAGGUAGAGUAUUUUUAAAAAUAUUUUAAAUCAACGAAGUAUUGAUAGUCUAGCCUUCUACUACGGUUGUGCAAUAUGUAAUCUGUAACGUAACAAUAAUAUUUGUGAAAAAUUACCUAGCAAUAUUAGAAACUUACUAUUACUCAUUUUCUAGUUACAUUUUUAUUUUUGAGUUUGAUUUUUAAAACUUAGACUUUUCUGUAGUUUCUUGCUUUGGUUUCAUUAUUUACUUCACAAGAUUACUUCACAAUUUUUAACACACUUUUUUGUAAUAUAGGGUGCAUAUCUAGUCUUAUCUUCUGUAUUUUCUGUUGUAUAUUGUAUUGUUUACUGCUUAUACACGUUAUAUAGAAAUAUAUAU